CCGCCCGCGGGGGGCGCCCGGCUCGGCUCCAGCUCGGCUCCUGAUCAAAGAUUUCCAUCUCCUUUGGCAAGCCAUGGUUUGGAAGGUACUACAACUAAACCUCCCAGUGAUGGUACUCACCACCCAGAAUAUGUUGCUUUUGCAAUAGUUCCUGUUUUUUUCAUCAUGGGCCUCUUGGGGGUUCUCAUCUGCCACGUGCUUAAGAAGAAAGGGUACCGUUGUACAACAGAGGCUGAACAGGAGAUUGAAGAAGAAAAACUUGGAGAAAAUAUAGAAAUGAAUGAAACUGGACAUGAAAAUAGUGACACUGUUGGACAAAUUGUCAACUAUAUUAUGAAAAAUGAAGCAAAUGUGGAUGUGUUAAAGGCCAUGGUGGCAGACAACAGUGUGUUUGACCCCGAGAGCCCUUUAACUCCUACCACUCCUGGGAGUCCUAUAAGUCCAGGCUCUCCUUUAUCUCCAGGUGUCAUCCUACAUAAACAUACUUGUCGUGGCCAUCACUUCCACACUGUUGGAGGAGUAGCAGAGAAGGAUGUUUGUACUCGCUGUAGUCAAAAAAGAUGGCACCUUAUAAAACCAGUCAACAAAUCUAAAGAGCAGAGAAAAAGCCGACAAGGAGAAGUUACAGUACUUUCUGUGGGAAGGUUUAGAGUCACAAAAGUAGAGAACAAAUCAACUUCCAAAGAGCGGAAAAGCUUGAUGUCUGUUAGUGCUUUAGAAAAAAGUAUCAAUGGUGAAGUGCCAGCCACUCCUGUGAAACAGGGUUCCAGAGAAGUGCCUACCACACCUGCAAAACAGAGUUCAACAGAAGUGCCUGCUGCUCCUGAACAGAGUUCAACAGAAGUGUCUGCAACGCCUGUGAAACAGGGAGCACAAUAAUACAGAGGUAUAGAGUAACAAGUUGAACUUCUAGAAGAAGCAUGUUUGAAAAAAAUUUGGAGAAACUGAAAACUAAGAAGAAGUGCAUAUUAUUUUAGGAAGUGUAUUUAUGGCACUAUAGUUCUUUAUACAUUCUAGCAUGGAAUGUAUAAGGGGGUAGGUCCUAAACAUUUAACAUUUUAGCUAAUAAAAUGAAUUAAUCAUA